AUGCCCCAAACUCCAGAACAAGUACUCGCCAAUAACAGGCGAAAAAUAGAAAAGGAUAAAAGAAGGUUGGUCUACCAUGACUUGCAAGUGCAAGGCACAAACAAUUCAUCCAUUGUAUCUAAACGGUCUGUUGAGGCUAUCUACAAUCCAAUACUCGAGCCUGGUCUGAAGGAAUGGAUCAAGCACUUUGUACCCAAAGCCAAAAGAAGGUCUCCUGCUAUUAAUAGAGGCUACUGGAUAAGAAUGGAGUCUAUCAAGCAGAUGAUUCUUCGUAUACGACAGAAGUACGCUGAGGUAGAUGCUCCAGUGCGUAUAGUCAACCUUGGUUGUGGGUUUGAUACGCUUCCAUUCCAGUUUUUGGAGACGCAGCAAGGAAAAUACGAGUUUUAUGAUUUUGAUUACCCUGAACUAGUACAGAGGAAGCUUGCUGUUAUUAAAGAAUCUGAGGAGAUCCUACUGGUCAUUGGUAGUCCGAAUGAGCUUACUCCAGUGCAGAAGGAUAUGGGUAUCACUAUGGCCACAGACACAUACAAGCUAGUAGGAUGUGAUUUGAAGGAUACAAAGCUUUACCAGAAACAACUUGAAUCGCUAUUGCCCAGCUCGAAGGGCGCCGCUACUAUAUUUAUUGCAGAGGUGUCGUUGGCAUACAUGAAGCCAGAAGAUGCUAACCCUGUGAUCGAGAUUUCCUCUACAGUUGAUAACUCCCAUUUCCUUGUUUUGGAGCAAAUCAUGCCUUCUGGCCCACACCACUUCUUUGCCGAGAAGAUGCUCUACCACUUCAGCCAUCUCCGUUCUCCACUUCAGUGUGUGGAGACAUACAGCACUAAAGAAAAGCAAACGGAGAGGUUCGCCCAGUACUUCUCAAAUGUCGAGAUCAGAGACUUAUUUGAGUGUUGGAAAGACCUAGUGGAUAAAGAAAAGAAGAAGCUCGUGGACGAAGUGGAAGCGUUCGAUGAGUGGGAAGAGUUCAUUGUAUUCUGCCAGCACUACGUUGUAAUCCAUGCAACGAACUCUAAACACCUUGUUUUCCGUGAUACAGUGACUGCUGAGCCUCUAACGGGCUUUAACGAGAAUGUCGAUCUCUCGUAUCAAGCUUUAAAUGGAAUAGAACUUAAAUUCCCAGGUGCCUGCGAAGAUGGCCAAGGCAAGCAUCUCGUCUUUGGAGGGAUGUUCCAGAGCAGAGAAAACGAGAUUUUCGAAAUCAAUGACGGUUCUAGAAAACCGGUGGGUGAUCCUUCACUGCAGAAACCAUCUGCCAGGAUGUGCCACACGUUCACAAACGUUGGAGAUGGUUUGGCCAUGAUGGCAGGAGGACGUAGCCGUCCUGGGCUUGCAUCAGACGACAUUUGGGUCUACGAUCUCAACAAGUUAGUUUGGAAGCAAUCUGGAGAAUUACCUGUACCCAUGUACCGCCACAGUGCUGUUUGCACUGGCGUUGGUGAGUUAUUAGUGUUUGGAGAAGGCCAGUUUACCAAAUACGACGAUGGGGCUCCCAGUCUUAACCUUUCAGUGGUGGGCAACGUACCAUCGCUCAAAAGCUGUGCCAUGACCUACGACUCCCAGACGCAAACGGGGUACAUUGUGGGAGGAAUGGUCGACCAUCUUGAGCCAUUCAUCAACAACCAAGUGUACAGAUACAGCCUAAACGAAACCCAGGUCACUGUCGAGCCCGUUUUCCAAUCUGAGCAUCUUGCCCGUGUUGGGUGCAACGCUAUCCAAAAAGACCAUCUCUUGGUGGUGAUUGGUGGAGCUGGGCUGGCCCUUCAAGACCAGGAUACUACCAUAGUGGUUAUCAACACCACCACCUGGAGCCUUGAAAAAGUACAUAUCCCAGACGACGUCUGGAAAACCGCCCCUGUCUUUAUCGGAUCUGCUCUCUCCAAAAACACCAUCUUGGUCGGCGGCGCCGUGUGCUACUCUUUUGGCAGCGCCUAUAGUGGCCAGUACGAGGUGGUGUUCAAGUGA